ACAAGAUAAUGCUAUGUAAAGAAAUUAGAAAGUAUUGCAAGUUGUGAUUUUUUUUUUUAAAGAAAAAUUGUAAAUGUUCUAGAUCGAACUAGGCUACUUUAACUUCUGGCGUUCGACGUCCCUUCUUUCAACGGUCUUGUUAAGCACGAGCCGCUUUUCUGCUAAUCAUUGUGUUUUUUAAAAACUUGGCUUGUUUUUAAAUUGGGCGUGUCUUAUUUAGGGUGACAUUUUAUCGAAGCCAACGGAAAACGCAAGGUCAAGCAAACUACCCAAAUCCCCAGAAGGAAGCGAGCAUGGCCACUAUUAGAUUCGGGAGUAGCGUUGGUCCGUCUGGAGUCAACUCUGAAAAUCAACAGCAUGGCUGGAAUGAAGAGAACGCUUAUGGUGAAGACACUGAUGACGCCAGUGACCCCAACAGGCUUGUGCAGUGCCCAUAUGACAAAAACCACCAGAUCAGAGCCUCUCGCUUCCCUUUUCAUGUUCUGAAGUGCAGGAAGAACCACCCCAAACUGGCUAGUGAACUGAAGACUUGCCCCUUCAACGCCAGACACUUGAUCCCCAAGCAUGAGUUGUCUCAUCACAUAGCAAACUGUGAAGACAAGAGGUCACUGAACGCUGAAGAUGGAAAUGUAGAGUUGCUGGAGAAGUUUCAGGUGCCUGUUAACACCUGCACAAACCCUUCACCCUAUGAGGACUGGGAAACAGAGGCUGAUGAUAAUGCUGCUAUGUUUGUCUGGGGUGCAUCCAACAAUCAGCUUGCCCAAAACAAGCCAGAGCCAUCUACCACCAUCAGUUUAUCCGAUGGACUUCGGGCACCACGGACUCUUCCAUGGAAACUCUGAUGUCACCACUGGAUGGACUUCACCGACUAAUCUUACUUAUUUAAUACUUUAAACAAGUUAGGCUAGAAAUCACAGGUCUUAAAGUCUACUUAUAUUUUAAAGUUUUUAACUUUAAAGUGUUGUGAAAUUUCCCUUUUCCUAUUUUCUUCAAGUUAAUACACUGUCUGUAAACUGCUAUGGUCCAUGUGAAGAGAUGCUCCUUAUUGAAGCAAACAAUUUCGUGUCAUAUUUCAAAUGAGACGCCAUUCAUUGCCAAUCUUUCUGGACCAUUGGCUUUGAACUUUUUUGCUUUUUGUGGAAGUGGUAAUCUUUAAUCCUGACCUGUAUGCUUCAUUAAAGAUUUCUUUAAGUGCAAA